CAACACCCGCCGCUGAUGGACCCCACUCCCGCCGCCGCAGCCCGCCGCGCGGCGGCGAUCGCCCGCCACCUCGCCGGCCUCCCCUCCGGCGCCUCCGCCGCGCUGCAGUCUUCCCCAUGCCUGAGCUACGCGCCGCCGGAAUCCACCGAGGCUCCGCCGGCGUUCUCGCCGACGGAGCUCCGCGCGCUCCUCGACGGGCACCACCUGAGGGACCGCGACUGGGUGUUCGGCGCGAUGGAGGAGAGCCCGCUCUUCUGCCCGCGCCGCGCCGGCGGGAAGGUGUUCGUGUCGCCGGACUACAACGAGGGCAAGGAGGGGCAGCGGGAGGCCACCAUGCGCCGGAUCGGGCACCUCACGCGCCGGGGCGUGUUCCGUGGCUGGCUCACGGAGCCAGGGCCCGAGGCCGAGCUCCGCAAGCUCGCGCUGCUCGAGGCCCUCGGCGUCUACGACCACUCCCUCGUCAUCAAGAUCGGCGUCCACUUCUUCCUCUGGGGUGGCGCUAUCAAGUUUCUUGGAACGAAGCGCCAUCAUGACAAGUGGUUGUCAGACACGGAAAAUUAUGUUAUUAAAGGUUGUUUUGCAAUGACAGAACUGGGACAUGGGAGCAAUGUAAGAGGAAUUGAGACAAUAGCAACUUAUGAUUCCCAAACAAGAGAGUUUGUGAUAAAUACUCCUUGCGAGUCAGCUCAGAAGUACUGGAUUGGUGGAGCUGCUAAUCAUGCUACACAUACAAUAGUCUUUGCUCAGCUCCAUAUAAAUGGAAGAAAUGAGGGAGUCCACGCUUUUGUAGCUCAGAUUAGAGAUCAAGAUGAGAGUGUGUUGCCUAAUAUCCAUAUAGCUGACUGUGGCCAUAAAAUUGGACUAAAUGGUGUUGAUAAUGGUCGCAUUUGGUUUAACAAUAUACGUGUUCCUCGAGAGAACUUGCUGAAUCUGGUUGCUGAUGUUUUGCCUGAUGGUCAAUACGUUAGCACGAUAGAUGACCCAGAUCAGAGGUUUGCAGCAUUUUUGUCUCCUCUCACACUUGGCCGGGUCAAUAUUGCGGUCAGCUCAGUUUAUAUUUCAAAGGUAGGCCUAGCAAUAGCUGUGAGAUAUGCUUUGUCAAGGAGGGCCUUUUCAAUUACACCAGAUGGCCCUGAAAUGCUGUUACUUGAUUAUCCCAGUCACCAGAGGCGCCUCCUACCUUUGCUCGCAAAAGCAUGUAUGAUGAGCACUGCUAGUAAUUUUAUGAAAAAUAUGUACGUGAAGAGAACACCUGAAGCUAGUAAAGCGAUACACGUGUACUCUAGUGCUCUGAAGGCUACACUAACCUGGCAGAAUAUGACCACGCUUCAGGAGUGUCGUGAAGCCUGUGGUGGCCAAGGUUUGAAGACUGAUAGCCGUGUAGGAAUUUUGAAAGCUGAAUUUGAUGUGCAGUCUACAUUUGAGGGUGACAACAAUGUUCUACUGCAGCAGGUAAGCAAAGCCCUGUAUGCUGAAUUAGUAGCGACACAGAAAAAGAAGAAGCCAUUCAAGGGAUUGGGAUUAGAACAUUUGAAUGGUCCUUGCCCUGUUAUUCCUGGUUGUCUGACAAGUGGCAUAUUAAGGAGCUCCAAGUUCCAGAUGGAUUUGUUCUGCUUAAGGGAGCGGGAUUUACUAAAACAGUUCACGAAAGAGGUAUCUCACUAUCUGGCACAAGGAGAGAGCAGGGAGAAGGCUUUCAUGCUGAGCUACCAAAUUGGUGAAGACUUAGCUAGAGCGUUUACUGAGCGAACCCUUUUGCAAAUAUUUUUGGAGGACGAGAUGAAAACUCCUGCUGGUUCUUUAAAGGAUGUAUUGGGCUUACUGAGGUCUAUGUAUGUUACGGUCUGCAUAGAUGAAUCCGCAUCUUUUCUGAGGUACGGUUAUUUGUCGCGGGACAAUGUAGCCACCGUCAGGAAAGAAGUCAUGGCACUCUGCAGUGAACUUCGGCCCCAUGCGCUUGCUAUCGUCAGCUCUUUUGGAAUUCCUGAUGCCUUCCUCAGUCCACUUGCUUUCGACUGGAUCGACGCAAAUGCGCUGUCUUCAGGAAGCGAAUGACUACACACCUUCAGACACCAAUGAGAGGUAGUCCAGUGAAACUACACGUUGGUCGGGCAAACACAGAUCAUAUACAUAGCCAGGUGCAUGCUGCUUCAUGUGGUUUACACAGUUAAGAAUAAGUCAGAUGCGUACAGAUGAAGAUGCUGAUAUGUGCGGAAGAUAGGGAGUGCCAUGUAUGCAUCGGUUCAUCUAUUGUCUUCUCUAGAUUAUGCCUAUAUCUGAAUGAGCGGGUACAGCCCAACAGUGUAGAAUAAUUUACGCAAUGCUGUUGGAUAUAAAUGUGCUGCUGAACAGUACAAAAAUCAAUAAGUGAAACCCCAAUGGAGCGAGGUUAGCCUCCGGUUCGUGCUGAAUCCACAUGUUUAUGUCUUGUAAAAAAUAUUUAUAUUGAUGUGAAUACGCAAGAAUAAGGAUCA